AUGGACAGUCUUUCCGAAGAGCUUCUCGACCAAAUCAUUUCUGAGGCCGUCAGCCCCUUACCAAACCGCCAUAGCGCUGGCUAUCACGAUCUGCUUAGUAUAUCCAUGGUGUCACGCAAGUUCCGUCGCAUCGUGGAGCCCUAUUUGUAUCGCUCUGUUGUCAUAUUCGAAAACAACAGAGACAAACUUUUGCGCACAACAUUCAGUCGCACUGAACUCCCACAAUACAUUCGCGAAAUCUUCCUGGCGCAUUUGCAUGAUGUCGCUCGUGAAGCUUCGUGUCUUGCUGCGCGUUUCCCAAGUCUGCACAAGCUCGACCUAGACCUCACGUCCUGCAAACUGUCAGAUCUUUUGCCUGUUCUGCAGCUACCAUCACUAACAGCCUUGGGCCUCUCAGGUAUGGUGGCCAGACGAAUCGCCGAUCCAGGCCCUGAUGACUGGAGAAUCACCAACACCGCCAUCACUAGCCUCGACAUGUCUUUUUCCGAUCCCGCAGACUGGUGGGAGGAUUGCAAUGAGAUUUGGAAAUUCGCGGCCGUCUUUCGUAACUUGCGGAUUCUGAGCAUCCACAGCGACUACGAGCCGGAGAGAAAGCAUGCCUUGAACGGGCCCGUUUUUCGGUGCCUGGUACAUGCUUUCAGGCAUGUCUUUGAAACAAGUCUUCGUUCCUUUACCUUUGGAUACAACGAUAUACACCACGGCUACUUGCACCAGGGAGACGCAACAAUCAGCGAUGCGCUUGAUGCGCGUGCGAUACUCAAGCAAUCGCACCUUGAGCAUCUCAAAAUCGAUACCAUGUGCUUGCAUAGACCAAGGCAGACUGAGAAUCUGAGGAGCUUGGAACUCGGCCCAUCGUGCCUCCCAUCGUCGUUGCGCACGCUUUACUUGCGCCACCUGGUCGCAGCAGGCAAUCUCAAUCCGAUAGAGCGCAAUCUGAUGCAUUCGGAUGAGGCGCAGUGUUUAUCUCAGCUGGUCAACUUGGGUACGCGGAGAGCGCGUUUUCCGCAUUUGGACAAGAUGGCGCUGGCCAUCUCUCUGCCUGUCUUCUUCGAGGACGUUGCUGCGAGGAUACUCAAAGUCCAAGCUCGUAAAGUAAAGCUACACCUAGAACUGAUUCUGAUGUCUGCGUGGGACUACGUUAGUGACGAUAUCACAAGAUCCUGGCCCGAAUAUGAUGCUAUUCGGGAUCCACGACAGCCCUUCUACGAUCCGACACUUCCGCUCAUGAACAACGCAGCACUGCAGCAACAAGCCAUGACACGCCCCAGCAUGCGCAACCCCGUCGGCGGCGGCCUCAAAAAGGGCAUCGACAGCCUUACGCGAUUGCUGGAGCGAAAAAUCGAUCGACAAAUCCUCACCGUUCAGACGCGAGCUUAUGACGCGUCAGCGCCAUCUCCAGCGCCGCCCGCCAAUGCCGGCACUAAACAUAUUUACUCGUAA